CGCGUUCCUCGAUAUCAAAUCGACCAGCAGCGGACUUGCCUCUUAACCAGUCUACGAAAGCGCCAAAGAAUCCUUUCGUUUACGAUAAAGUCUUCAACGAACCGGCGUUUCUUUCAAUCUACAUUUUAAUAUUCGUUACAUCUGUCGUGUGCAACAGUUUGGUGUGUUGGAUUGUGAAGAAGAACCGUUCAAUGCAUACAAAAACGAAUUUCUUGCUGGUCAAUUUGGCCGUAGCUGACAUGCUCGCGACCGUUUUGUCAAUUUUUCAUGUGGUUGAUUACUUGGCGAUGGAUUUACAUUUGGGUGACAUAGCGUGCAAGUUCCGAGGGAGUUUGGUCUACAUCUGUCACGGUGUAAGCGUUUUCACAUUGACCGCUAUUGCGCAUGAGCGAUAUCAUGCUAUUUGCCAACCGCUCACCAAUCAUCUGCGUCAAACCUCCAUUAAGUGGAUAAUACCGCAAACCUGGCUGCUGUCGAUGAUAAUUCACGUUCCAUCCAUUGUCUAUUGUGGCACGCAAAUAAAUAAAUACAAACAAUCCAGCUGUAGCUGUUAUGAAUUAUUUCCUUCGCAUGGAUCUGCAAAAGCGUAUGCCAUCUCGAGAUACAUGGUACUUUUCGUUCUCCCUGCUGUCUUAGUUAUCUACCGCUAUACGUUAGUUAUAAGAAGCUUGCGUCAAUCCUCUUCGGGUGACGGUGAUUCCGGAUUUACGCCGCAAGAAACAAGGAAACGUGUCGUUAAAAUGUUGAUCGCAUCGUCGGCAUUUUUCUUUCUGGCUUGGGCGCCGUUUUAUACAUCAUACCUUUUAAAAGAUACAGGAGUUGACAAAAGGAGUGUAUAUAGCUUCAUCUGGUACUUCUCAAUGUUGUUGGCACUUGCUAAUUGUGCAUACAACCCUGUGAUUUACUGCCUGCUAAGCAAGAACUUCCGUGAGGGUUACAACGCAGUCUUUUGCUGGUGUUUUCGAGGUAGAAUUAUCUGGCCUUCACGUGCAGCUGACAGCGAUAUUGUUCUCAAUAAUAAUGUCAUGGGAACAGGUCGUGGUUAUCACAUUGAUGACGGAUUAUAAUCAAUAUUUUUUUAUAUAGCAAACCGAAGAACGUUUUGUUCUGCUUUGAUUCACGUGCUGUUCCAAGCACGCAGCAAGUUCGCCACAAUCCCGAACCCUGCUAAAAUGUUUUAAUACAGACUUUAAGAUCUACGACGUGACACCCUGCUCUCCACGACGCGCCUUAAUUCAGCGUUGUGAAAAACAAAGCUUUAAUGAAAUCAUUCAUACUAUAGAGAAGCGCGGAAUCUUUUAGUAUCUCAUUAACUAUGAAUGAUCAUUCCAUCCCGUCUAUUGUCAUAGUUGCAUUCCAGCCGACCGAAAUACGACGUUUAAAGGCCGAACACGCCGGAUGCAAUCCGACAACGUGACUCGAUUUUCACGAAUUUUUUAAUUUUCAAAAGCAACUUAGUUUGAUCAUAAGUUCCUUGAAAGUUUGUGAUGGUGAUAACAGUAAUUUUGGAUGACAUUUAAAGAAACGUAACCCGCUCGAGUUUUCAGCAAACUCCGAACGAAGUUGUGCAGAAAAUACAAACAGAAGCAGCCAUUUAAGAGCGUAAAAUUUAAUUUAUGGGCGAUACUCAAUCCUGAAACACUAUCUAUGGGAAUAAAUCUCUCAAAGCAACUCUCAUUUCUUAUAUUAGGGUUUAGUUUAAGGCCAAAUCAAGAUUUCUUCAUUAAAACUCUCAACUUUCCUAUAAAACCUGUUUGAAAAAAAUAUCAAUUAAGUGUAUCGAUUGGGCGAAUAUUUGGUAAUCCGAAAUGGCUCCAAUCUCAUCGCAGUAACGCAAGAAAGUCGUCGUCAUUGCAUGCAGGUUGAAAACAUUUAACGUUUUUACUAAAGAAACGGUGUAGGGCAUUUUGAAUUGAGUAUCGUGGUUAGGCUGAAAAACGAAAGUUGGUAUGUAUAUAGUUUGGAGACCAGUUGUGGAUCGGGAAGAUAUACUGCAGAUAUAGCUUAUAUACUUGGGGUUUGUACAUAUACGUAAUGGCAUGGUUUCGAGUGAGUUUUUCAAAGACCUCAAAAUAGUGAUAUCUCAAAAUAAACCUAAAAUAAACAAUUUGAAGGCUUUGAAAAACUCACGAGUAUAUGUUUUUCCAAAUUGCGCGACAAUCUAUGCUAUUACCUAUUAUUAAUAUACAUAAAUUAAAGAA